AAACCAUGUUAUUUAUGAACGAUCGGCGAUAAAUCUUUCGAACGAUCGAUUCAAUUAUAAGCGCAUUCUUAAAUUUACAAUGACAUAAGAACUAAAGUGUUUUCUCUUCGCAUCUCUAAAUCAUUCUGUCACUAAGGUUUAUGAAGUCACCUGUCAUCUAGAUUCUUUAUCGAUUGGUAUCAUUAGGAAAACAAUGGUAAUGGAAUUUUAAAACACUUUCUCACUAACACAGAUUCCGCUUAAUUAUAAUUAGGUAAAUGUCUAAAUUUAGACUUCUAUUAUAAUCUUUAGCGACUUAAUUGUCUCUCAAACGGAAACGGAAAACUUUAGGUCAUGGUAUACUUUCUAAAAAAUCACCUUAUAUUUCGGGGACACCGAGGGAAACAUUGGGUACCGGCACUUCACCGAAACAAACCAACACUUACCGGUUUUUGUUUAUCACUUGCGACUUCUUAUCUCUUCUCAGUACGUGACUUUUUAACAUUUUCACUAUUUAAGCUACUAGAUUACGCAUACGAUAAGUCAAAUAUUACUUGAAGGUUUGUUAAUCAAGAUUGCAUAUUUGUAUCGAUGUUGCAUUGUUCUGGGGUAAUAAGUGGUUAUAAAAUAAGGGUGUUUGGUAGGACAUGACAAGUUCAAGUGCAUCGGUCACUCAUGGAGGUGACUCCGAAAAUGAUUUUAUUGCUGUUGGUAGCAUUGGCCCAGCAUGCUGCAAACGCGCAGUACUAUACAGCGCAGUGCUCAGCACCGGCGCCUGCUCCGUACAUAUCGCAAGCCCCUCCUUGCUCCUGCUGCUCGGCUCCUCUAAACAUCCCGGCGCCCCCGGCUAGUCCUGUCUACGUCACGUUACCCGCUCCCCCGCCGCUCUGCGUCCAGCCGCCUCCCUUGCCACCAAUGAUGAUAGAACUCCCUGCUCCUGCGCCGAUCACUGUCACACCCCCGCCUUCCCCUCCUUUAAUGGUCAAUCCUCCGCCUUUACCACCGAUGACCAUCACUCCUCCAUCGAUUCCUCCAAUUUGUGUGACUCCUCCGCCGCCUCCCCCUAUGUGUGUGACGCCACCUAAUCCUCCGCCGAUGUACGUGAACCCCCCCUUGCCGCCAAUGAUUCUUUUAGAUCUACCACUGCCGCCUCCGAUAGUGAUUGAGUUGCCUCCUCCGCCACCAAUUGUAGUGCAGCCACCAGCUUUAGGGCAGAUUAUGAUCCAGCCUCCUCCUCUACCAGCUAUGCCUGUACAGCCGCCUCCGCUUCCUCCCAUGAUGGUGCAGCCGCCGCCGAACCCGCCUAUGAUGAUUGAGCUGCCGGCGUUGCCUCCGAUAAGUGUGCAGCCGCCGUGCCCGCCUCCGAUGUGCGUACAGCCGCCCCCGCCGGCUCCCAUCAGCGUGCAGCCACCUCCCCUGCCCCCGGUCAUGGUGCAGCCGCCGCUGCCUCCCUCGAUGUGCAUUCAGCCGCCACCUAUGGAGCCAUUCUGUGUGCAGCCCCCUCCCCCCACCCCUAUCUGCUUCCAGUCGUCUGCGCCGUGCGGCUGCGGGUGCUCGGCAUCACCCACUCCUAUCUACUUGUGACGGUUCGGAUAGUAGCUAUUCGCUAACUUGUUAUCACACUAUUAUUAAU